GGUGCAGCACCGGGACCGUGGAGACGUCAACUGCCUCUCAGGUUUGCUGGCUGUAAACACCUCCAGCAACACGAUGUUGGGGAAAAGGCAGUUUUCGGUACUGUCCUGUCGCCUCCGGUUGUAGCGCACUGUGGGAGUGACGCCUUGUAGAGAUUUGGCAGCCCCGUAUACCGCGGGGACACUUGACCAGGACAGUUGAUUUCCCCCCGCUUUGGUUAGUUUUGCCAUCCUUUAGCCUGUGGUUUGUCGCACGGAUUUUUUUAUGCGAUGGUCAGAUGGUAAUUUGUGCAUAAAAGCUAGCUCGCUAACCGUUAGCACGCUUCAAACUGUGCUGUUUUCGCAUCGGGGAGCACAGCUAGCUCCUCUGGGAUCGGACGAACAUGGCAUCGACUGCAGAGCACGACCUGGCUCUGUCUGAAGCAGACGGCAGCAAAGACAAAGGUCAGGUGUUUGGGAUUUUGAGGCUCCAGGAGGAGAAAUCUGGUUCCGGAGACAAACCUUCCAGCAGCGGGAGCGGCAACGCGGUGAGAGGCGGAGGCGACGGCCGAUGGCAGGGUCCUAUCUUCGCCUUGGCGAGGAAAGCGUCCGAGACUAUCUCAGGGAGCAUUCACGUCCUGCCCAAAGUGUCGGAACACAGGACGUCUCUCCCGGGUGACUGGACCAUCCAAGCCAUGCGGGACCCCAUGGCCAUGGAGCGAGCCAACCUCCUGAACAUGGCAAAGCUCAGCAUUAAAGGCCUGAUCGAGUCGGCUCUGAGCUUCGGACGGACGCUGGACUCAGACUACCCUCCUCUGCAGCAGUUCUUUGUGGUCAUGGAACACUGCUUAAAACACGGUCUUAAAGUGAAGAAGUCCUUUCUGGGUUUUAACAAAUCUCUGUGGGGUCCUCUGGAGCUGGUGGAGAAACUGUGUCCAGAAGCGGCGGAGAUCUCUGCUUCUGUACGAGACCUUCCUGGACUCAAAACUCCGCUGGGCAGAGCCAGAGCCUGGCUGCGUCUGGCCCUCAUGCAGAAACGACUGGCCGACUACCUGCGUCUCCUCAUCACUCGAAAAGACCUCCUCAGUGAUUUUUAUGAGGAUUCAGCGCUGAUGCUGGAGGAGGAGGGAGCGGUAAUCGUAGGCCUGCUGGUGGGCCUGAACGUCAUCGAUGCCAAUCUGUGUGUCAAAGGCGAAGACUUGGACUCUCAGGUUGGAGUGAUCGACUUCUCCAUGUACUUGAAGAAUGACAUCGAUGAUUACAGGAGUGAGGAGAGGAACAGCCAGAUAGCAUCCAUUUUGGAUCAGAAGAACUAUGUGGAGGAACUGAACCGACAGCUGAAUUCCACAGUUCACGGUCUUCAGGGCAGAGUUGACUCUUUAGAGAAGUCCAACUCCAAACUGAUAGAAGAGCUCGCCAUAGCAAAGAACAACAUCAUCAAACUGCAGGAAGAAAACCAGCAGCUGAGGCGCGAAAACAACCUGAUUCUGCUUAAGACGCAACAACAUUUAGAGGUGACCCAAGGCGACGUGUUGGUGGAGAGGGACACGUACAAACAGUCCCGUCAGGGUCUGGAUGAGAUGUACAACGAGGCCAGGAGGCAGCUGAAAGAGGAAUGCCAGCUAAGACAGGAUGUGGAGAAUGAGUUGGUGGCUCAGGUGUCGAUGAAACAGGAAAUGGAGCUGGCUAUGAAGCUUCUGGAAAAAGAUAUUCAUGAAAAACAGGACACACUGAUCGGACUGAGGCAUCAGCUGGAUGAGGUUAAAGCCAUCAAUGUGGAAAUGUACCAGAAGAUGCAGUCCUCCGACGAGGAGAUGAAGAAGAAGAACGACGUGAUCAGUCGUCUGGAAGAGAAGACCAAUCAGAUCACUGCCACCAUGAAACAGCUGGAGCAGAGUGAUAAGGAUCUGCUCAGUCAGACCAGAACCCUUGCCAUGUCAUUUGUUAAGUGUGCUAGCACAGACACAGAGCACCAGUACAAGUUAGUGAAGGAUAUCUCCUUCUGAGGACCGACUGAACUUUACUGUAUGCUCCUGUUAUUUUACACACAACACUUUAAAACCAGUUUUAGGGUCUAAGAGCCACCAAAGAAUCAGGUGGAACUUGACAGCAUGUUUGGUUUGGUUUCCUGAGACGCUUUCAUCAACCAAAUCCUGGGACUCAUCGUGAACUUUGCUUUGGCGUUUUAUGUUUAAAUUACAUCCAGACAUGUUGGUAAUAAAUAAAACAAACGUUUUUGAAUGUUCAGACAGCUGCAUUUCAAGCAGCUGCAAGAGAACUGUCUUAAUUUUCACUUCUUUAAAGUAGUUUUAAAGAAACUAAAGACAUUUUGAAUUAAUUAUACACCACUUUUUAUUAACUCGUGUGUUUAGGCGUGCAUACAGAUGUUACACACUCUCCAGUAGUCGGUUUAUACGCUUUUAAGAUGGACAAUAAAGUAGUUUUGACUCUGAGAACUAAUACAGUUGUUCCUGUUGUAUUUAAACAGCAUUUUGUCAGAACAGUAUCGUAACGUAGCCCCACAGCGGUGUCCAUGUUGGCUCAGCUGCGAUAUCUGAAUAACCGUGCCUCUGCUGUUUGUUAGAGGAUGCUUUAAUUUCAACAGCUGAGCAGUAGUGUGAUAAUCACCUCAACAAUGUGACUAAAUGGAUUUCUCCUGCAGCCAUGAUUUCGUUCCAGUCAGUGAGGCUCAUAAAAGACCUGCGGUCAGACAGGAAGGUGCUCCUGCAGCCUCCUGCUUCUACUCUGGCUGGUUUUUGUUGCAUGUGUUAAACCUUCUGACCUGCCUAGGAUCUGUGUCUGAAAUCGGUCAGUAAGCCUUUACACACAGGUCAUGAGCUUUGAAAUUGGGCUUUAGAUAUGACAGUCAUCAUGUGAAAUUUUAUUGUUAUUAUGAAACCACUUGAUGGCAUCGCAAAAAGCAGUGGACUUUUUAUUAAAGAGAUUUUUUGACUACUGCUAAAUCUAAAAUUUGCACCCUCAACAUGUAAGAUCUAGUUAGUGUUUCACGAAAUAUAGUGUGGUUAAAAAAAUAAAAAAACUGGAAACGACUUGUUUCCUUCACAUUCACAGUCUGAAAAUUGGAAGAUCAGGUUUUUGUGUGAAUCAUGUUUUAUAUCUGGAGAACAGACUAGUCAACCAAGUGUAACAACUAGAAUCAUAGCUGUAAACCUCUGAGGGUUCCGCGUUGCUGUUUGUCUUAACAUAAUUGCUGACUCAUGAUGAUUAUAUACUGGGGAUUAACUCUGCUGCCUAUUGUGACUACAUGUUUAUACUUUCAUUUUGUAGAGAACUAAAGACCCAGUACAGCUGUUGAAAACUCACAAGUACAGUCUUUUACCACAGUGAUUAAUAAAGUUAAAUGUUUUGAAAAGU